AUGUUCAUUAUUCGGACUCUGAUGCUGGAAAUGACUCCCAUCGUACGGCCGAAAACCUGUCCGAUGAAACCAACGCGAGGGAUCGGGCAGUGGUUGGUGGCCCAUUCUUUUCUUCCCACUCCCCCUCCCCCCUGCCCUUCCGCCAAAGCGUCAGCCGCCGCCUUGCCAUACCUCGUCGUCACCGCCGGCGCCGCGACCUCAAUCCCGCGCCCUCCGCCAUCUUCUUGGGGACGCGCGUCGACGCCGCCGCCGCCGCCGUUCCCCUUCUUCCCCGGCCUCCGGGACAUCCUGCUGCUGCCUCCACCUCGUCCCAGUCUUUGGCCACUGGGCCUCCUUCCUUCGUUCGAGUUGGACAUGGCAUCAUCUGCUACCAUCAGUUCAGUUGGCGCUCAGGCCGCUCUGGUUUCAAAGCCAAGGAAUCAUGGUAUCAGUGGCUUAAAGGCAUCCUCAUCAAUUAGCUUCGAAUUGGGAUCCUCAUUCCUGGGCAAGACCGGGUCUCUUCGGGAAUCUGUAACCACAAGGGUUGCGCCAAAGGCGAAGUCCGCGGCUCGGAUACUACCGGAGGCAUCUUACAAAGUGGCGGUACUUGGUGCUGCUGGGGGCAUCGGCCAACCAUUGGGCUUGUUGAUCAAGAUGUCCCCUCUGGUCUCAGAACUGCGCCUGUACGAUAUUGCGAAUGUCAAGGGAGUCGCCGCUGAUCUCAGCCACUGCAACACACCCUCUCAGGUUAUGGACUUCACUGGCCCUGCAGAAUUGGCCAGCUGCUUGAAAGGUGUGGAUGUUGUUGUCAUCCCCGCCGGGGUCCCAAGAAAGCCAGGGAUGACUCGUGACGACCUUUUCAACAUCAAUGCGGGCAUCGUCAAGUCACUUAUCGAGGCUGUUGCAGACAAUUGCCCUGAGGCCUUUAUCCAUAUUAUCAGCAACCCAGUCAACUCCACAGUGCCGAUUGCUGCUGAGAUUCUGAAACAGAAGGGUGUCUACAAUCCCAAGAAGCUUUUUGGGGUUUCCACCCUAGAUGUUGUCCGGGCUAACACAUUUGUAGCUCAGAAGAAGGGCCUCAAGCUCAUUGAUGUUGAUGUCCCAGUUGUUGGUGGUCAUGCUGGAAUUACAAUCCUGCCUUUGUUGUCAAAGACGAGGCCAUCUGUCACCUUCACGGACGAGGAAACUGAACAGCUGACGAAGAGGAUACAGAACGCUGGGACAGAGGUGGUGGAGGCGAAAGCGGGUGCUGGAUCUGCUACCCUGUCCAUGGCUUAUGCUGCUGCCAGAUUUGUCGAGUCUUCGCUCCGCGCACUGGCUGGUGAUCCAGAUGUUUACGAGUGCACGUAUGUUCAGUCUGAGUUAACUGAGCUGCCAUUCUUUGCGUCCAGAGUUAAGCUUGGGAAGAAUGGUGUUGAGUCCAUCAUUUCUUCUGACCUGGAGGGAAUAACCGAGUAUGAGGCCAGUGCACUUGAGGCAUUGAAGCCUGAGCUGAAGGCCAGCAUUGAGAAGGGCAUUGAGUUUGCGCACAAACAACAGGGAGCUGCUGCCUCUGUUUGA